CGGCGUUUAAACAGAUGUCUCUGGAUGCUUCUUCCUUCUUCGUUCCCGGGUUAAAUUACAAAUAGCGGCGAAGGGGUUUCAUCACAAUUCACAUCUUCAACGUUACUCCGAAGAAGAUAAUGGCGUCGUUUCUCCAGAGACUAGUAGAUCCCAGGAAGAAUUUCUUAGCUCGUAUGCAUAUGAAGUCUGUUUCUAAUCGCCUCCGCAGAUACGGUCUUAGAUACGACGAUCUUUAUGAUCCUUUGUAUGAUUUGGAUAUUAAAGAAGCUCUUAAUCGUUUACCGAGAGAGAUUGUUGAUGCUCGGAACCAGCGUCUUAUGCGUGCAAUGGAUCUUUCUAUGAAACAUGAAUACCUCCCAGAUAAUCUUCAGGCAGUGCAGACUCCAUUCAGGAGCUACCUCCAAGACAUGUUGGCUCUUGUGAAGCGGGAGAGAGCUGAGAGAGAGGCUUUGGGAGCUUUACCUCUCUACCAAAGAACCAUUCCUUAAGCAUGUUAGUCUCUCUUGUGCUUAUAGUAGGGUCACUGUUUUAGUACUCUUUAGGCUUCAAUACCGCACAAUUUGCUUUUGUAUGGUUAUGCAUGGAUAUGUGAACCUUAUGUAUAAGAUUUUAUGAGAUUGAAUUGGAUGUGUAAUGUAAGCUUGAUUGAGCUAUUACAGAAAUAUGAGUAAAAUAUCCCACACCGGUAGGAGGAGAGUAAAUCAUGCUACAUAAAGACAUAAAGGCACACAAACCCUUAAGCUAGCUUUUGGAAAUGUUUUCACAGUUCCUCAUAGGAGCUCUGAAGAGAGGCGUGUAACCUCUGAACCACAAUCCUUUAUAACCCUUAGUUUGUCCUCUCAAAUAUGGGCUAUAGCAUUCAAAUUAUCUAGCACUUGUUGCAUGGAUGGUCUUUCCUUGGGAUCUCUUUCAAGGCAGUUUUAUGAGCUUGCACAUACGCAUCCCCUCUUCAACACGAUAGCUAUUCUCUAAAUCUGGAUCGAUCAUUUCCACAAUGUUUUCUUUUCUAUUCUCUGUUGCUUCCUCUGCUAAGAUGAUGCACGGGUUUCCCAAACCAGUUAAGAUCUCAAAUAGUAUAACACCGAAGCUGUAUACAUCGCCCGCCAUGUGUGAUC